CGUAGCUCGCCGGGGAGCUUGCACAUGGGCAAACGCGUCGCUGCGGGGUGAGGCUCGCUUUUUCCCCUGUUACCUGUUUUGGCUUUUGGGGCUGUACUGGUGGAAGACCAUCUGAAAUCAUGGGUGAUUUUUUAACAUGUUCUUUGAGGAAAACCUUGCUGAAGGAACAAAUGGGGAGCUCCGCAUUCUGGAGACGGGAUGAAGCAGAGUUGAGGGGCAGCUUUCAAAGCACCGGGACCCCGACAGAGCAGACUUUACAGCUUGUUUCCAGCAUCACGGUGGCCACGCAGUCCUGCUGCUGGAGAUGGGAGGUACGGUGCAGCAGAACUGCGUGAAGGAGCCUGCACCACAGAUGGAUCUCGGUGCUAAGCAGUGGCCUUAUGCUUGCACAUUCAGAGGAUGAAAGACAUCCAUGCAUGUCUUUUCAGACUGAGACAAUGAGAGAAGUGAGACAUGAAGACAAGAGAUUUUUCUAAGAAAAAGGUAACAAAGUGGUCAAAGGUUUGAAACAGCUUCCAUAUGAGGAGAGCAUGACCGGUCUUUUCUCCUUAAAACACAUAACAGAGGGUUGAUAUGACAAGGAUGAAAGAAAUUAUUAAUGUUAAGCAGAACAGGCCAUAAUUACCCAUUUCUUCUCAUAAUACCAAAUUCAGGAAAGCUCCCAAAUGGCCAUGCAAUGGUUAAAAACCAAUGAGAAAAGUGUUCCUUCGUUUUGACAGCUUCGUUUAUAUCAAAAUGUGCUCAGCUGUUCCUGCCCAGGAAUAUCUGUUUACUGCUUUAUUUGGAUGUCUGAGGCAGCCACCAAAUAAACUUUUCCCACAGAAGCCCUUGUUCCAGUGCCAAUCCUGCUGGAGUUCAGCUUUGCUUCCUUUGGAUGGUGAAGCAAACACAGGUGGAUCCUACUGAUACAAUCAGGGUGACUCAAAACCUUGCCAGAUGUGAUGUUGGGACUCGUUUCCACAAAGUCUUGUGAAGACCAGAAUCAUUACACUAAUUAACAGGGAUGGGUCUAUUAGCAGCAAUAAAGCACGGUGGGUGCUCAGCUCAGAAAAAGCUACAGGCCUCUGUCAAGAGACAGGGCAUUGGGCUGAACAGACCUGUACACCCUGUACAGCAAUGUUAUUUUUUACAGAUCCUCUUUACUGUGAUUCUGUGAUUCUGGCCACUCGGCAAAGCCCACUGCUGGUGCACUGCCCUCUCAUCUAAUCCGACGCAGAACACCUGGCUAACAAACUGGCACUGCAAGCCUUCCUUUCUCCUGAUAUCACAGAAAAUACCACCCGCUGCUCACAUUGCUGAGAAGGGUUUAUUCCAACUGCUGAAACUGCAAGCCGAUCAUAAACACGUGGAAAAGCAGCAGCCUCUGUUCUUUUACCCUACUCCAGCCUCCCAGAUACUGCCGUGGGCAGCUGGAUGUGUAAGCUCACUGUUGUGGUAGCAUUGAGCCCUCCUUUGCCUGUAAAAAGGAACAUAAAAUAAUCACAGCCAACCUAAACACAUGAACUGUUGUUAGCUCUGAUCUAAUUAUACACUGACAUAAUUUGCCUGCAGUUGGCAUUCGCUAAAGUGAUGUCAAAAUAAAUGAUUUCAGUCCAUUACGCAGCAAUGGCAAUGUUGACCCAAGGGAAAAUCCUGGAGGAGGUUAAAACAUUCAUUAUUCAUUUUAGCUGCUUCAUGAAUGUCUAUCCUAAGGAAGCAGAGGAUAAUACAAUGCUCUGAUGCCUGAAUUUUGGAGGCACCUGUCUUUCCUUAUACUAUUUGGCAAUGGCAAUUAUUUGGCCAAACAAAAAAGAGUUCGUGAUUAGUUGUCACUGCAGUGCACGGCUCAAGCAGUGUAACCCCCGCAUGGGUCUCCCCAUUGUCACUGCGAUGGCAUGGUAGGAUGCUAUAUUUAAGGCUCGAGGAUGGGCACUCAAACAUGGGGAACAUUCUUUUGGGGAGAGUCAUUCUUAGUGUCGUCAACAGGGAAAAGGAAACGCUCCUUUGUCCUUUCUCUUGCAUGAGGACAGGCACUCUCACUGUAGUCUUCACAGGCAAGAAAGUUCAUUUCCAGCAUGGGAAGUCGAACCUUUUUCCACCACAGAGAGGAGGAGCAAAAGGAGGAAAGGAAACAGAGCUUGCAAAUGACCUCCACAACUAGAAAGAAAAGGUUCAAAACCAGCGAGGAAGAAGAGACGUUCAGCCUUUCAGAGUUAUCCAUAGCAGCUGCCCUUGCACUGACCUCCGAGAUACCACAAGAUUCACAAGCUAAGAAGAGAAGCUGCCAUCCUAGAGCUUGAGCAGAGGGGGCAAAAGAGGGUUCGGUUUGGAAAUGAGAUGGAAAAGCUGGAAAAGGAGGUUAUUAGGAACUGCAGGCUGCUGCGUGUGAGAGCUGACCGGAAGGCCCUUCGGAGGAAGGCUGUAGAGAAGGCACAGAUGGAGAAGGACUACAUCGAGCUGCGUUCUGGGCGCCCACCUAUGUUCUGGAUCCCCCUCCGGGUACACGCUGUGUGGGAGAGGAUGGAAGUGACACUGGCGUGCACAGUCCUGGCUUCGCCACCACCACAGGUUACCUGGUAUAAAAACGGAGUCCCUAUCGAUCUUCGCCUAGCCCCGGCAGGAAAAUACAAGAUAAAAAACAAGUUUGGGAUGUUGACCCUGCAGAUCAGCAGAUGCUCCAUGGAAGAUUCUGCUGAAUAUAGUGUCGAAAUUAAGAAUCAGUACGGCGAGGCUUACUCAUUUGCUACAGUGCUCGUCAGGAAAUAUUAUGGUAAAGAGUCGGGAUUUGAUUCAGAAAUAUACAGAAGAUCCCUUAUCGCCAGAGAGGCAGAUUUUGCCUUUUCAAUGAAACCCUUAUUUUCAAGAGAAAAGGAGCCAUUCACCCUCUCCUGUUACUUCUCCUCUGAUUUACUUGAACAUCAGCGAGACAUUGCCUGGUUCAGAGAUGGUGAGUUGCUGCAGAACUCAGAAUGUCAUAAAUUAAAGUACCAAGACCGGGAAGCUUCUCUGACAGUGUCAUGUGCUCACAAAGAAGACGAGGGAUUUUACACUAUCCGCGUCCCCUCACUGGAUGGAUAUAAGGAGCAGACCACUUACGUGUUUGUUAGAGACGCUGCAGCAGAAACGCCUGGUGCACCCGGAUCCCCGCUCAAUGUGAAAUGCCAUGAUGUAAAUAAAGAUUGCUUGAUUCUUUCUUGGGUAGCACCCAGUGAUAAUGGAGGAAGCCCAAUCCUUGGAUAUUUUAUUGAAAGAUGUGUUGCCGGGUCAGAGGAGUGGGUCCCGUGCAAUGACAGGCCUGUGAAAACCUGCAGAUACCCGGUCCUGGGCCUCACUGAAGGACAGACAUACCAGUUCCGAGUAAAGGCUGUCAAUAAAGCCGGCAUCAGUCACCCUUCAAAAGCCAGCGCUCCAGUUACGACGUAUGACCCCAGCAAGGACAAGAGAGUGACAGUUAUUCCAUAUGACGAAGGCAGGAAGAUAGAAAUUUUCAAGGAUGACCUGGAAGGACACAUUAAAGUUCCUUUGCCACCCACCAAUGUUCACGCAAGUGAGGUCAGAGAAUAUUAUGUGGCUUUGGCCUGGGAUGAACCAGACCCAAGAGGCAGAGAGCCACUGAAUUACUACGUGGAAAAGUCAAUUGUAGGCAGCAACUCCUGGCAAAUGGUUAAUCUGGAUACGCCAGUUAAUUCCCCAAGAUUUGCACUCUUUGAUCUUGUUAAGGGAAAAUCAUACUGCUUCCGCGUGCGAUCCGUUAACAAGUACGGAAUCAGUGAGCCAUCCCUGCCCAGUGAACCCAUAACUGCUGGAGCCAAACUGGCUACUCUGCCACCACCUUCUCAGGUUUUAGCUUUCAGAGACACCAAGACAUCUGUUGUUUUGCAGUGGGAUAAGUUAAAGGAUGGUCUGGAGCCUCUUGGCUACUACAUAUAUUGUCGGGAAACUGGGACAGAAGGAUGGCAAACCGUCAAUAAUAAGCCUGUGACAUGUAACGAAUUUACUGUUCCUGGGCUGCAGCCUGGAAAGGAGUAUGUCUUCUGUGUGAAAUCUGUCAGCGAGGCAGGACUAAGCGAAAGCUCACCAGAGACGGAUCCUAUCGUUGUCAGGCCAGCUAUUGCCCGGCCGUCCGCGCCCCGCGGGUUCGUGCUGCUGAGCUGUGGGAAGAGCGAGAUGACCAUCGGCUGGAAGCCCCCGAAGCGCCGAGGAGGAACAAAGCUUCUGGGCUACUUCCUAGACCAGCACGAUACGUCUGAACUCGACUGGCAUGAAGUCAACAUUCAGCCAAUUCCCCAGCGAGUUUACACGGUUGGCAACCUCAAGGAAGGGCACCUCUAUGAAUUCCGGGCUUGUGCAGUGAACAUGGCUGGUGUUGGGGAAGUGUCUGAACCCAGCGACGCGUUCAAGUGUGAGGAAUGGACAAUGCCAGAACCAGGCCCUCCUUAUGACGUGAAGUUCACAGAAGUAAGAGACUCGUCCCUGAUGCUACACUGGCAAGCCCCGCUGUACACAGGCGCAGGUCCAGUUACAGGGUACUACGUGGAUGUGUGUGAGGAAGGGUCAGAGGAAUGGAAGCAAAUAAACAAGCAGCCCGUAGCCACCACCCACAUGAAGGUUUCAGAUCUAGAGACAGGGAAAUGCUUUAUUUUCCGAGUAAGAGCACUGAACAAGGCUGGAAUUGGGCCCCCUUCGCUCCCCUCGGAUCCUGUGGUGGCUAAAACCAAGCCUGGCACAAAUGAAAUCGAACUUGGGGUUGAUGAAGAGGGUCUCAUUUAUAUGGCUUUUGAAGCUCCUGAGAAGAAUGACUCUUCUGAAUUUAUCUGGUCAAAGGACUAUGAAGGACCACCAGAUGCUGACAGAGUUCGGACUGAAGAGAAGGGCAAUAAAUCUAAGCUUAUACUGACAAACCCAUCAGAAAAGGACUUGGGGGUAUAUUCAGUGGAGGUCACAGAUGUAGAUGAAGAUAUCUCUGCCAGCUGCACUUUAACAAAAGAAGACCUGGACAAGUUACUGAAACGUAGCCAUGAAAUCAGGAACCCGUUGAUAAAGCUGAUAUCUGGGUGGAACGUUGAUGUUCUGGAGAAAGGAGAAGUGCGGCUGUGGCUGGAGGUUGAAAAGCUGUCACCAAACGCAGAACUGCAUUUAAUCUUCAAUGAGAAGGAGCUUAAAAGUACUCCAACACAUAAAAUAAACUUUGUCAAAGGAAAAGGUCUGGUAGAACUGAUAAUCCAGAAUUUCUGUGAUGAUGAUAAAGGAAUGUACACAGCCCAGCUGCAAGAUGGAAAAGCUAAAAAUCAAUUCACCCUAGUUCUUUUGGAUGAACGCUUUGCUAAAGUCGCAGAGGAGGCUGAUGCAAAACGGAGAGAAUGGAAGAAAAAGCAGGGCCCGUAUUUUAUAGAGAAUUUGAGAUGGAAGGUUACCGAGAGCUGUGAAGUACUCCUUACCUGCAAGGCAACGAACCUGAGAAAGGACACCAGCUUCCAGUGGUUCUUCAAUAAGAAGGCACGAACAGGCGGCGUGUUUGAUCCACAGACUGGGAUAGGAACUCUUUGUGUUAAAAAGAUAACCAAAGCAGAUGAGGGCCAGUACAAAGCACUUGUUUCAGAUGACCGAGGAGAAGACUACACCCAACUUGAUCUCACAAAAGGAUCCUUUGAAGACCUCCUGAAGGAGCUGUGCAGGAUCAGUGCUCUUUCUGCUUCACCUCUGAAAAUUCAGCCUACUGAAGAAGGCAUCAAAAUCUACACGGAUGUGAAGUACUACACAGACUACAUGAAAACAACCUGGUAUCACAAGGAGAAGCAAGUGGAAAGUCGUGACAGACUGAAAGCUGGGAGCACGAUGAAUCAGAUCUGGCUUCACAUCCUGAACCCCACAGAUGCAGAUAAGGGAAAAUACGUCCUGGAGUUAUUUGAUGGGAAUGACACUCACAAGCUGUCAACGGACUUGUCUGGGCAAGCCUUUGAAGAUGCCCUGGCUGAGCACAGAAGGCUAAAAGAAGCAGCAGUAGCAGAAAAGUGUCGUGCCAGAGUUGUUCAAGGUCUGCCAGAUGUUGCCACCAUCAUGGAGGACAAGACCCUGUGUUUAACUUGCUGUGUAUCUGGAGAUCCUUACCCAGAAAUCACUUGGUUCAAAAAUGAGAAGGUUAUCGUCUUUAAAGAUCGUUACAAAAUGGAUGUGAAGGGGACAGUUGUCACAAUUACCAUAGAGAAAGUCUGCAAUGAAGACACAGGAAAAUACAGCAUCUAUGUCAAGAACAAAUACGGCUCUGAAACAGGGCAGGUUACUAUCAGUGUCUAUAAGCAUGGAGAGAUACCAGUAGGAACAGAUGAAAAGACCCAGGUGGAAACUGUAAUGAGAAAGCCUAAAUGAAUUAGGCAACUAUAUCUCAUUGAAUUUAAAAGGAAUUUGACUCCUUUGGAUUCACUCGAAUGUCUCCACCCUAAAAUUCAGUCUCAUAUCUCCAUUUUUAUUUCAGUAUUAUUUUAGUAUUUUUAUUUUGAUGGUUGCUAGAAAACAAUUCUCACUUGUGUGUGGGUGCAUGCACACACUUGCAUGCUCACUUUACAGAGAAAACUCUUUCCUGCCAAAUUCUGUUGUGUGGGAAAUUCCAGAGGAUUCACGCGCAUGAAAACUAGGCCUUUAGGAGAGGGUUUUUGUUCUUUUUGUGUGUGUGUGUGUGUGUUGUUGUUUGCUUGUUUUUGUAUUAAAUCCUCAUGUGUUACUGAUUAUCUUGUAGCUGAGAAAUGUUUACGUCUAUAUUAUUAAACUUAUAACCUGAGUGACACCUUA